AUUUCCAAAAGCAUGCGCGGCACGGAGCUGCAUCUGGAGCCUCUUCCUCCUCUCGGCUGUGCGGGGCACGGCGUUAUAUUAAAAGUCUGGCUGGAUAUCCGCCGUGUUUUUGGCCGCUGCUUAUUGGAAAGACGGGGAGAUAAGGUCUGACUGCAGUGAGGGGCUGUUGGUUGGAGAGCCUGCUGACUGAACUUGUGAGGAGAGGAGAGAGGGGGAGCUGUGCGCUCUCUUCCCGGCAGAGUGCGUCCCGCUCCACACACACACACGCACACGCGCACACACACACACACACACACACACACACACACACACACACUACAAACACACACACAGAGACACACAUUGGGGUCACUACUUCAAGACAGCGGACUGGUUUUACUCUCGCACCUCCUGAAUAUCGCACAUGAGCAGUGCGAAGGACGCCGGCAGACCCUGUUCUACCUACCUGUGCGCCUUCAGCGUGCGUCAAAGAAACUCUUCUGUUUACGUCUAAUUGUUUCCUCCGCGGUUUCCUACCCAGUGCUUUUGGAUUACGGAGAAUAACAAGCAGCGUGCAACUCCCGAAAUCAUGGAUUUAUGGAUAAAGUUGAUGUUAUUGUACAGCUGCUGCUUUGGGGCAAGCGCAGACUUUGAUGGCAGGUGGCCACGGCAGAUGGCAUCGUCCAACGGCCUGUGUCGAUAUGGGGCCAGGGUGGACUGCUGCUGGGGAUGGACACGUCGUUCCUGGGGUCACUGCCAGCCUCUCUUCGCCUUAACUCACAGAGUAGCCGGGAUAAGGUGCCAGCCCCAAGCUCUGUGUCAGCCUGGCUGUAAGCACGGAGACUGCGUGGGACCCAAUAAAUGCAAGUGCCACCCCGGCUUCACCGGCAAGACCUGCAAUCAAGACCUGAAUGAGUGUGGGCUGAAGCCGAGGCCUUGUAAACACAGGUGCAUGAACACAUAUGGGAGUUACAAGUGCUACUGCCUCAACGGCUACAUGCUGAUGCCUGACGGGACCUGUGGAAAUGCUCGAACUUGUGGAAUGGCCAACUGCCAGUACGGCUGCGAGGUGCUGAAAGGAGAGGUCCGAUGUCAGUGUCCAUCGCCGGGGUUACAGCUGGCUCCGGAUGGAAGAACCUGUGUUGAUGUGGAUGAGUGUGCAGCAGGAAUAGCAGUGUGUCCCAGGUUCAGGAAAUGCAUCAACACCUUUGGUAGCUACAUCUGCAAGUGCCAUGAAGGCUUUGACCUGCAAUACAUCAAUGGGAAAUACCAGUGCAUAGAUGUGGAUGAGUGCUCUUUAGGUCAGAGCCACUGCAGCAGCUUCGCCACCUGCUACAACACGCCAGGUUCAUACAAGUGCAAAUGCAAAGAUGGCUACAGGGGGAUGGGCCACGACUGCAAACCCAUUCCUAAGGUGGUUAUUGACCCCCCGAGACCAGGCAAAGUGCCUCCAAAUCAUCACAACCGCAUCCCUGACAUGGAUCAGAAGAGGACCACCACCCGCCCACCAGUGACUCAAAGGAGAUUCUUCACAACAACCACAACAACGACCAAAGCACCUCUGCCUCCAAAGAGGGUCACCCCUCCUCCGCGCAAACCAGCAGUUCCCACCCGGAAGCCCUUUGUCCCAACCAGGAAACCACUAGCACCCACACGCAAGCCCUACAUCCCACCAAAGCCAGUGGCUCCCACCAGACUCGCCCCAACACCACCAGCAGCUACACCAGUAGACAACACCAUCCAGAAGGAGGUCACCAAACAAAGAGGGGAUGUCCACAUCCCUCGGAACCACGGCCAUAACACCGUCCUCGGCAUCGACUUUGACAUUGAGCUUGGUAACACGGCAGAUGAAGCCAAGGACGACCCAGAGUCCGGGUAUCUGAGCUGCUCCUUUGAUGAUGGUCUUUGUGGUUGGAUCAGGGACAAAGACGGAGACCUGCACUGGGAGACGACGCCCGAUCCGUCAGGUGGACGGUACCUCACCAUUCCCGAGGUAGGCAACAAGAGGACUGGGCGUGGGGCCCGGCUGGUCCUCCCACUCACCCCACCCUGGAACGACGGCAAUCUGUGCCUGUCGUUCCGGCACAAGCUGGCAGGACACCAUGUGGGCAUGCUGCAAGUGUUUGUGAAGAAGGGAAAGCAGUACAGUCCUGCAGUCUGGGGCCGGACAGGGGGAAAUGGCUGGAGGCACACCCAAAUCACAUUAUGGGGAACAGGCCUGGAAAGUGUGAUCCUGAAGGGGGAGCGUGGGCGAGGCAGGAGUGGCGAGAUGGCUGUAGACGACAUCACCCUGAGAAAAGCCUCCUGCUCAGAGGAGCACAAUCUGAGGAGACUCUGACUGACAGAACAGAGAAAGGCAGAAAGAAAACAAGAGGGAAAAUCAUCUCAAAGAGAAGUGACUCUGUUGUGACAACCCCUCACUCUGCCUGGGUUCUCGCUGAUCCCCCAGCACACCCCUCCCCAAUCCUCCUAUUCCUCCCAGCCAUCCUGCGAACGAUAUCCGAAAAAUUGUGCGUCUGCAGAACAGUGGGUUUCUCCUUCUUGACGGUCCAUGAAUAAAAAGACUGAAUCGAAUGUCAUGGGCUGAUCCCAGCAGCACACCUAGUCUUUUCAGCCUCCCUCUUACUCCAUCACCUUGUUACUCUGAAACCUGCAUGUACCUACUUACCAUGGAAAUGUCCUCCACCUAACACAGCCCUGGCAGCCUUCCAGCCACGCAGCUGAGAGGCCGUCACUCACUUCAUUUCUUUCUGGAGAGAGGAUCGUUCCCUUACGUAUGAGUCUGCUUCUACCUUGCUUUGAUCCCUUAACCACAAGCCAUUAAUUUUUAUUUGCUCAAUGUGAAAACAUGUGGCCAGAGGUGCUUUUUGUGACUGUUUUGAUCAGAAUAUCAGAGAUGAUAUACAUUUCUUUGAGGGUGAGAGAUUUUAAAAAAAGUAUAUAAAAGACAAAUUGUAUUUGUCAUAAUUUCUUUCAAAUCCAGAUGACUUCAAAUCUGAUAUAGCCCUUAACUAUAAAACCGAAUAGAGAGUCAGUUUAACCUUGCUUUUGUUGAUCCAAUCUGACUUUUCUUCUAUGACACAGUUUUGACUGAAACAGCGCAGCUUUUCUUUUGUUGUCUCAGUAUUUCAAAGAUCUGUUUGGUAGAAGGGGGUUUAAACAUUUAGGACCUUUUCUACCCCGAUCUUUUAUUGAAGCCUCCAAAAGUUGUUUAAACACUCGUGUUUUUCAGAUACUUGAAAUGUGUGAACAGAAUCAGUGUAUGAUUUUCGACACUUGCAAAUCAACAGUUACUUUCUAUUAUACAGUAUGUGCUUUGUUAUAUUAAGUGCAGUUUGUUAUAAAGACGAUACCAACAACUUUGUAGGCUUUCACAAAUUGUAUUAUUGUAAAUGUAGUUGUGUGUACAUACUCUAAAGAUCUACAAUCCCAUUUGUUGUGUGGUUUAUACGUUAUGUAAUUUCAUACAUCAAUAUUAAUUGGAUUUCAAAAUGGUUGGUAUUUCAACUUUUAAUGAAAGAACAUGUAUACAGAUGGAAACCUUGUGUAUUAGGAGGCUGUGUGUGCACAAAAUGUGUAUGUUCAUGUGUUAUGGUAUAAUGCUGUCUGUAACUUGGCAAGCACAUAGUUGCAUAUUGUAUGCUGUGAUAAUGAAGGGCAUCGGCUGGAAUUUUAAGGUUUUCUGUGUGCAUGGGUGCAUUCACCAAAUUCAGAUUUAUCCAGACCUGUAUGUAAAUAAAAUACAUUUGACUGAUA